UGCGGAAGGAUACGGCAAAAAGUGGUGAAGCGUCGCAGGCGGAGGAAUCCGGGAUGUGACUUGACUGAAACUCGGGAAUUAUCUGGAUUUUUGUGAUUUCUUCUUAAUCGUUUAUCAUCUUCGUACAGCGCCAAACUGACACAUGUGACAACGCGCUUGUAUAGAGACGGAAUCCUUGGUGUACAGAUUUUGUUGGAAAAAGACCGGCUAAAAACUACUGAAUUUCGGAAAACAUGGAGACAAGAAGGGAAGGACCCGACUAAACCAAAGUUUCCAAACAACUUAUUCCAAGAACAGAGGGAAUCCUUGUUCGCGAGACGAAAACAACGUGUUGCACAUCCGUCAAGUUUGGAUUGUAUUUUACUGCUGCUUUGAAACGAAGCUGUUUUGAGCAGAAUUCCUGAACUGGGAACUAUGCCCCGCUGCCCCUAGAGCAAACAUCAAACGAUUUGUAACGUUUUCUCCCGAUUUCGCAGUGGAAAAUAUGGGAAUUCUAGAAAUUGAACUAGGUAGGGAAGGAAUUACAAUGAAAGGUUGAACCGUGUGGAUGCUUUAAUCCAUCCUUUGAGUGAAUUCCCCCAGAUUUUCACACAUUUGGAGUGGCCAGGAUACGUUCUUCUGGAGAAAAAGUCCAUUCAGCGUGUAAGGGGCCUAAAAAAGAUGUAUAUUUAGUUAACAGGCUUACUUUGCACUGCCCAUUCAAUUGACGGUGUGGUCUGUACUGCAAACGGACGGUUUGUGCAGCAGUGAAAAUCCCACGUUUGAGAUUAGGUUGAGUUUAGGAAUGCCGAGCUGGAAGUAUUUCAGUGGGGGAAAUGAUAGAAAGCCGUCGAGAUUUACAAAGUAGAGCUGGAGCGAAGAGCUUUUGGACUGACGCGACAUGCAGCCGGACAGUCUCCUUCAUUCGUAAGGCAACACAUUAACAAAAGAUUGUUUCUCUGGCUUUACUUCCAGCCGAGCUUUGGGAUUGACAAAGGCGACUGUAUCCAGACAGAGGCGAGGGGGAAGCCUGUCGGUCUGUGGUGGCAUUUUGGCUGGGAAAAUCAUGAAGCGUCUCAGACAACAGAAAGAGUUUUUCUCCAUUGAUCAUCUAUGUGUUUGCGUUUAGCAUCGAUUUCCUUUGCUAACUCUUGUGUUGUGUAGCGCUACAGUCAAAUGACACCGACUACUGAAACGCAGACAAACCGUGGAAAUAUCAAACAUAAGCUUGUUUGUUUCUGUUCUGUUCAAGAGGAGACUUUACCAUUCACAUCAAGACGGAACUGUCAAAAUUGAAAAGUGCCACCCGGCUGUUGUUGUUUUGUGUUUCUUUUAUUUAUUUUUUCAAACACAAAGGUGUUUUACCAUGGUAAAAUGCUAAUUGGAUAAGAGCUGAAGAAAAUCAAGAAAGGAAAGCCCAAUGAGCGGCACACAGUCCACGCUUGCUGAGAGGUUUCCCAAAAAAGCGAGCAGGACAGGAAGUAUUCUCAGCAAGGACCAUCCCCCAGACAAAAAGCCCAAAAGCGACAAGGCGUCAGUCCCCCCCUCGCAUGAGUUUGACCCCACAGAACUGGCUGUUCAAAGUGUAGUAGCCGACGGAAGGCCAGAGUCCUGCGGGCUUGUGCAGCGUUGUGUUAUCAUCCAGAAAGAUGAGAAUGGCUUUGGGCUGACAGUGAGCGGCGAUAACCCUGUGUUUGUACAGCUUGUAAAAGAGGAUGGAGCUGCCAUGCGAGCUGGUGUUCAGACAGGUGACCGGAUCAUAAAGGUCAAUGGGACAUUAGUUACACAUUCAAAUCAUGUAGAAGUUGUAAAGCUAAUAAAAUCGGGCUCCUAUGUGGCCCUGACAGUUCUGGGGAGACCGCCAGGCCUGCCUCAGAUCCCCCUCUCAGACGGCGAGGGGGAGGAGGGGCCUCUCUUCUCACUCACCUCCCCUCACUCCCCGGGGCCCAUCGGUCCAGACCGCUCGUCUUCCUCCCCCAACCCCUCGGAGCGCAAACCGACCCCUCUGUCUGUAUGGGCCAUGACGGAGGAGCACAGCAGGAACCCUACACCUAAACUACUGAAGGAAAUCCAGGAUGCCAAGAAGCACAUUCCACAGCACCAGGAGCAGCUCAGCAAGCCCUCUGGGACUGGACAGGAUGGCUCCUUAUCUCCAAGGCCAGGAGAAGGAGAGCAGGAGGAUAGAGGGGGAGAUUUGGAUCGACCCCCUUCAUGGCAGGGCGAUGCUGGAAUUGAGCCAGCGUGGACCAACAAUACCACAGCCCCUGUCACUCCCAGUCCUGUCCCAGAGAGUCCAUGCCAAAGAGAGACCCCCUGCCACAGCCCAAAGACCACACCCCGAGACAACCUCAACUCCUGUCCUUCACCGGAUGCCGAAGACACACCUGACCUUGAUUGUCAGUCGAAUGUGGGGAGCCCCUCCAUUCGUCCGGUAGCACACAUCAUUGGUGCUGAGGAUGAAGACUUUGACACAGAGCAGGAACAGUUGAAUGGCCAGUGUAGCUGUUUUCAGAGCGUAGACCUCCUGAAAUCUCGGCCUGCUCACCUGGCAGCUUUCAUCCAUCAUGUGGUUUCUCAGUUUGACCCUGCGCCGCUGCUGUGCUACCUCUAUGCUGAACUUUACAAACAGACCAGCUCCAAAGAGACACGACGAAUCCUCAUGGAUACCUUCUUCAUAGAAAAACCAGCUAGCUUGAAAGUAACAGUGCCCGAAUCCAUCAUCGCUGACCUGGAACGGACUGCACACUCAAUUAAUGCAGAAAGGAAGAGGCCGGAGCCCAUCUCAGAGGACGUCCACCGGCAAUAUGUGCAGCAGCUGCAGGACACACUACUACCUGACAUCCAGAAGAACCUAGAAGACUUCAGGCACAAGCGCAGUAUGGGUCUGACCCUGGCUGAAGCAGAGCUAGCCCGUCUGGAUACAGAGAGAAUGAGAGACCGUGUGGCUCUGGAAAAAGAGCGAUCCUGUGCAGAGCACAUUAUCUCUAAGAUAGAGGAUGUACUAUUGACGUCACAGGCCACAGAGGAAGAUAAGUGUAGCACCAUGCAGUUUGUGAUACUGUCGUAUAUGAAGCAGCUCGGCGUAAAAGUGAAGGAGUCUCGAGGGCUGGAGCACAAGCCCAAGCUAAUGAAUCUUUUCCCUAAAAUAAAGAAAAGCAUAAAGCCUGAGAAAGAUGGAAGUGAGGAGAAAUCAAAGAAAACACGAUUUCCUAGUGUCUUUCCUCAGAGACGGCCGAGCAGGAUUGACACUUCAGCAAUCAGCAGGGCUCUGGAGCCGAGGCAGCGUCAGACAAAGCCUCAGCUGCCGUUGGGUGCUGGAGAGCAGGCAGACGGGUCGUCUCCUCCCGUACGGAGCAGUCAGUCGAGUGAAGGCUCAGAUGGCACCACUGCCCAGGUCACGUCACCCCCUUACAGUGCUCCAGCAGCACAGGGCACAGACAGCAUCAACCGAGAGUCUGAGGCUGGUGGACUUCCCUCUUCUGCACUACCUAGACUGGGAGACGGUGUCGUCUCGGGAGAUCUGCAGGACUCGUCCUCUUCAAACACUCACUUUGACUUCAGCCCCUGUACACUGGAGCAUCUACAGGAGGAGGAAGCUGAGACAGACAAGACGCAGGACACCGGCACCCCCAGGCCUGACAGGAGCAGGAUGGAGCCGCUGGGCUCUGGAGAGGUGCAGAGUGAAGAUGAUCAGUGUGCUGAGAUAGAGCUGGAGCCUCCUAACUGGCAGACGCUGGUGAGCAGAGAUGUCCUGUCCACACUUACCCCUCAGGAAAUCAAGAGACAAGAAGUCAUCAACGAGUUGUUCUACACAGAGAGAGCACACGUUCGAAUGAUGAAGGUCCUGGAGAAUUUGUUUUACCAGCCGCUGAUCCGAGAGGCCAUCAUCCCUCCUGCAGACAUCAAAAACAUCUUCAGCAACCUUGAGGAGAUCGUUCAGCUGCACAUGUCUUUAACAGAACAAAUGACUGCGGUUCGGAAGAAAAAUGAGACGGCGCUCAUUGACUCAAUAGGAGAUGAUUUGCUUUCCUGGUUCAGUGGAGAAGAAGAGGCGAAGAUCAAGAGAGCUGCGGGCAUGUACUGCAGUAAUCAGCCUUUCGCCCUGGAACUCAUCAAGAGCAAACAGAAGAAAGACCAGCGCUUCAACUCCUUUAUACAGGAGGCAGAGAGUAACCGACAUUGUCGCAGGCUACAGUUAAAGGACAUUAUUCCUGUGGAGACACAAAGACUCACAAAGUAUCCCCUCCUGCUGGAGAACAUCGCCAAAUACACAGAGGAUCCUGAGGAGAGAAGUAAAGUGAAACAGGCUGGCGAAUGCUGUCGAAAGAUUCUCACUCACGUCAACCAGGAGGUGAAGGAAGCCGAGAACAAACAGAGGUUGGAGGAUUACCAGAGACGACUGGACCUGUCCUCACUGAAGCAGAGUGAGAACCCCAUGAUCGCCGAGUUCAAGACCCUGGACUUGACUAAGAGGAAGAUGGUGCAUGAGGGACCGCUGUCCUGGAAGGUCAACAAAGAUAAAACUAUUGAGCUGUACACAUUGCUGCUGGAGGAUAUAUUGGUGCUACUUCAAAGGCAAGAUGAGAAGCUGAUCUUAAAAUGCCACAGUAAGAAUCUGGCGGGCACUGCUGAGACCAAACACAUCUUCAGCCCCAUCAUCAAACUCAGCACUGUGAUGGUGCGCUCGGUUGCCACCGACAACAGGUCAUUCUUUGUGCUCUCUAUGUCUGAUAAUGGAGCCCAGAUCUAUGAACUAAUGGCUCAAACCGUAUCUGAGCAAAAGACGUGGCAGUGCCUGAUCACACAAAGAGCCGAUUGUAUGAAGACCAAACUACACAACAUCAUUCCAUUACCUCAGACUGACGGGGAACGUGAAGCGGUCGAGUUAAUAAACUCUGGUGUUCAGAAACUAAACAAAGACUCUGAGCCCAUUUCUUUAGUGAGCAUUCAGUCUCCAGAAAAAGAUGGCACAGAGAUCAUGCCAACCCCACCAUGUAGCACCAACCCAUUUGAGACCAAAUCUGAUGAGGAGGAUGAAGAAGAAGAAAACUCACUACAGAAUCAGGCUGAAGAUGAUGAAGCGUUCGUGGUGGCCGAUAUGACCGAUCGACUUACAUUCCUGAAGCAGCGCUCGAGGCUGGGCAUCGCCAUAGACGAGGACGAGGCCGAGGCCUUCGAGCUCCAGCCACUCAGAGCUGAUGAAGCUCUCAGAACACUGGCAACACUAAGGCAGCUCCUGAUCAACCACAUGUCCAGUCAGGAGGACACAGACAGAGACAUCGAGAGGCGAGAGCAAAAGGAAGAUGUGGCGAGGACAGGCUCUCAGCAGGGGGCGGAGGACAGCACUGCGAUCAGGUCCGCUGUUGAGAAUGGCUCAGAGAGGGCUGAGAACACACAGGAACUGCCCUCCGGAGACACAGGCUUCUUUGAGACGUCUGAGGAUUGUGUCUCUGCAGGCAGUUACAUGGUGCUGGAGGUGUAUGGAGGCUCGGGCGAGAGCAGCACAGAUGAUGAUGUGCAGGGCAGCAGCGGGGAGCCAGUGGCCGCGGGAGACUCAGGCAUUGACUUGAAGAAGCUCCUCUCUUCCUCCUCUCAGAGCAGCGGAGGACCAAACCUCAACAGACAGAUCAUGACACACAUACGUCUACUACAGGCCAACCUGCAGCAUCUGAAGGAUACAGAAAUCAAGUAUAACCAGCUACGCCAAAGGCUAUCAAAGGAAACAGCUACUGACACAGAGGAAAACAAAGAUAAAAGUUAGUGAAGCAGAGCUGUCUUUGUUUAUUGAGACGGGAGGAGACACAGAGACACCCCUCCUUAAACAUCGCUCAUGCAUGGACUGAGACAGACAGAAUGGACAAGAUCUGGAGUUUCUGUUCACACCACACAACAGGACGACCCCAGUCACUCGCUCCAAAUCUCUGUCCUUCUGCACACCAGCAUGGUCAUGGUACUUUCAGAAAGAUUGCCAUGUAAGGUUUCAUCACUCCACCAUCUGCAUUCAGAGGACAGAAGACUCAACAUUCCUUCAGCAAACCUCCUAAGAUAUUAGAGUCUAUAUUAGCCAAUGAAAGUACAGCGUGAGUGGUCACAUGAUCUUUAACCUCACUAGCAUGAUAAUGAUGAGCAGUUAGUUCAGAUAGAUAUUCGCAUAAACCGAAUGCCUGACUUCUGUUUUGAUACGGCGUGCGGUAUAUGUGAUUUUACGAUGUAGAAACCAUGUUUGACAUCAGCGUGAAAAACUUCUGAUUGAAGUCCUGUACCGCUAGAGCGCGUUAUUAGAUGUGCGGAGAAUAUUGAUUAUCACAUGAGCCGUCUCAAAGAGGAACGGUCAACAUUUGCUGACUGAAGAUGAAGGCAAAUGAUACUAGUAAGGUAAUGAGUCUGAGGAUGGGCUGAUGAUUGUGGUGGUGUCUCUCCUCAUUCCUCCUCUUAAUAAACCACAUGCUAUUUAAUGAAGCUACUGAAAGUGUUUUCUCUGGCUUGUGGCCACGGGAAAACCGGACCUUUCGUAAUGUCGUCGGGUCAAGCUGUUAUAACACGCGUCAGGCAGCUCGGCCCGAUCUGUCUUUCGGAUUUUCUUGGUUUUGAGAAUGAAGUUAAAUAGAAAGAAGCUUCAAUGCAGGAA